UUCUACCCCUCCCACGCGGCGCCGCCCCGACGGGGCGGACCGGGCUGCGGGGGGAGCAUCCCCGGGGGCCGCCCCGCCGGCAGCGCUUGGGGGCGGCCCGAGCCGAGUGCUCGCGGCAUGGCGGGGCUACCCGGAGCGGCGGGGACACGGAGCAGCUCCCCGGGAACCGCCGCCACCCUGCCCUCCCCGCGCCUCGACGAAGCCUUCCUGUGCUCGCCGCUCGGGGGGCUGAUGGGUGCCCAGGCCGUGCUCGGCCUCCUGGUGUGGGCUCUCCUUGCUGACACCACCUACCACCUCCACGCAGCGUAUGGCUGGGUGCUGUUUGUGACCAUCUUCCUCUGGAUAGCGACGGUCCUGCUCUUUGUGAUGUACCUCCUGCAGCUCCCGACGAAGUUCUACAUGGUCCCCUGGUCCCUCAUGCUGAUGAUCUUCAACGCGGUGGCAACCGUUCUGUACGUCGCCGCGUUCGUCACGUGCUCAGCAGCCGUGCGUCCCACCUCGUGGCGCCAGUGGGAUUACAACCGGAGAGCCGCCGCCUCCUUCUUCGCCGGCCUCGUGAUGCUCACCUAUGGGGCGAGCACCUUCUUCAGCUUCCGUGCCUGGAAAGGACUCGGCAGCAACGCGGCCACCAGCCAGGUGGCAAGCCAUGCGUGAGGA